GAUGGAAUAAGAGAAUUCAAAAAGGCGUUUGUUUGUCCUGCAUGUGAUACAACACUUCCUGGUCAAUAUGAUAUAAUUAAAGUGGAUCUUAAUCCAAGUGAGCAAUACAAGUCGAUGGUUCUGGCUGGUCAAAGACCAGAAAUAAUUUUUGAAGUUUGUUCCAGAGCCAUUGCUUUUUGGACUUACCAGGUACAUCAAGAAAUUAUGUUUCAAGAAUAUAUUGCAACAAAAUCAAAAGAAAGGUCUACACAAUUAGAAAAAUAUUAUGAAAAUAUUUUACAAAAGACCAAAAAUGAAUUGGAAACUAUGAAACAGCAACAAGAAGCCAAUAAAAAGGAAGUAGAAGCCUUCAAAAGGAAAAAUGCUGAAUUAUCAGAGAAACUUAAGGAACGUGUAAGGCAACACCAAAAACUGCAGACUGUUUAUGAAGCUCUAAGGCGGAAAUUCAUAUCCCCUUCAUACUUCGAAAAGCAAGAACAUCAGAAAGAAAUUCUUGACAAGCCUCAAGAACCUUUUAUGACAUCAGCAGCAUCUGAAAUCAUUUGCCAACAAAGUUCAAAAAAGCAGCACAAAAGCAAGAGGGUUGGCUAUGCAACCACGGGAGAUGAUUUUAUUUUGAGGCCAGUCCAUACUCCUACAGAUGAUACUUCAAUUGACCCAGGUGUAUUGAAUUUUUCAUCACAAGGACUAUUUUCAAAUGCAUUUGAUAAUAGAAAUGUUCCUCCCAAAAAACAUUUUACAUGAAUUUACUUGUUAUUAAAUGUUUGUAAAAUCUUUCUAUGUUUUGUUAUGCAGAA